CAAACAACUGCGUAACAUCAAAAUGAUCACUCAACAUACUGAUAAAAUAAACGAGCUUUUAUCGAAGGUAUUUGAGCUCUCACUAUUAUUCGUUAAAAAGACAAGAGAUGAAUUAGCUCUUAUGAAUCUUAUUGUAGCCAAUGAUUUAAAUGAUAACCGAAAUGAAUCUUCAUUUCUCAAGUCACUUGUAAAUAAAACAAACCAGAAUAUUAAAGAUUUAUUUCAUGAAAUUGCCCUGAAGACAACCGAAGAGUACUGCUUUCCAAUCGGCCAUACAAAUGACAUUCUCAAGCGGAAUGAUCGAUGCUUGUUAGCUCAACGUUCAAAAAUAUCUCUUGAACGUAACGAUAAAAAGCAAACAAAUUUCAAUGUUCAAGGGGUUAACCAAGUGAAUGCUAUCGAUCUUUAUCCCUUAAAACAUCUUAGUCCAGGUGAAAAGUUCAAAUUGGAAAAUGCUCUGAAAGUUCUAAGUGAUCCAACUCAUUCAUUCAAUCGACAAACCGUUCAAAAUGCCUAUGGAAUACAAUUACCCACAAUAUUACAAUCACGGGUGGAAGAACAACAGAAAAAGUCUAAAGAAGUUAGUAAUACAUCCGAUGUAGAGUUAAGCACACUUAGAAAAAGGAAAAAGAAUUUUAAACUGAUCCAAUACGACCAGACAAAUGAAAAUCAUAACGCUUUAAACUUAAUUCAACGUGGUCUGAUCCCACCAAAUGCUCAAAUUGCAUUUGAUCCAUCACCGAUGCAAACAAAAUCAAUCCAUAUUUUAUCAUCUGCUCAAAAGAUUACACGUCCACUUAUCACAAUUAAUGAUCUAUGUCCAGUUUAUGAACCUACUACAACUGCAGAAUCAAUGAAACCAAUUCUUAGAAGAAAAGACUCGCCAAAGAUUAGUAAUUCGUCCAAGUCAGCCGUACGGAUCAGUCACAACAACAAUAACAGUAAGGGAAAUGAGAAUGGAGAAUCAGUGUUUAUCGCGGAAAAUAUAAGCCUACCAAGAAGGUUAACAUCAUCGAAAGCUACACCACCACCUUGUACACCAGUAACAACUUCUUCAUCUCAUACUAAUUUCUGGUUAAAUACUGAAGAGGGAAUAUUCCAGACACAAAGUGAUGAUUUUCAAGCAUUUGAAACAAGUUACGCUGACAAGUGGGACAAGAUUUCAGCUGUUCUCUGUGAACUUGAAAAUCUGUUCGAUUUUUAUGGCAUAUCAAUUGCUAUCGUAAAUGGGUUAAAAUUGGCAAAAUUAGUGAAUGAAUAUGAGAAUAAGUUGGAUUGUUUAACAAGUGAUAUUCUGCUUACAUGUAUCGAAGAUUCUCAAACAAUUCGUCGAAUAAUGACUGAACCGGGUUCUUCAUUCAGAGGAAGAAAGGGUCGUACUAGGGCUGCAAUAAAAAUUCAAUCCUCUUUUCGGCGUUUUCGAGCUCAGAAACAGUAUAAGGAACAAAAACGUCUUAGGGGAGCUGCCGCCAUCAUAUCUGCCGCAUGGACACGUUAUAAGAAAAUGAAAGAAUUGAGGGAAAGAUUAGCGAGGAUUAGAAAGGAAUGCAUAGAAGCAUCAGAGAAAAGGCUAAAGGAACUUGGCAGUAAUUGGGAGCGUUUCGAACAAAAUAAUCAUGUUGUUAUCCAUUUACCAUCUGCAAGUUAUUCCGAAACAAUUAGACAACAACUGGGAAAUUUAGGAGAACUUGAAUAUAUGGAAAGUCGUCAAAUAGCAAGAAUUUGUGAGGUUCGUGAUCCAAAUACAGAUGUUGUCAUUGUAACACGUGCACCAAUAUCUGACGAUCUCUUAGAGUACUAUAGUAAACUGUUGGGUUUAAGCAAAGCUAUUGAAACGGGUCAAGAGGAAAGUCAGUGUUCAAUUAACUCACGGUAUAGAAUAAUUGUACCGGAGGCAAUUCAAUAUUUUCAUUCAAAUGCAUCAGCUCCAAUGUGUUUAGCCUCAUUAUUGAAAUAUAGUCCAAGAGCGCUGAUACAUAUACGUCGAUUUAUUGCUGGUCGUCCAGCAAUUCUAGUUCCUGGAUUCGGUGAUCAUUAUGAUGUAUUCCAUGUUGCAAAUUACUUGGAAGUACCUGUGUGGAGUUCGACACCAACAAUAAAUUCUUUAUUUAGUCUACAGUCAACUACAAGACGUUUAGUAAAACAACUUAUCGAGACAAUAUCCGAUAGAGAUGUUUCAAUCGAUUCGAAAAAUCAGAAUAUCUCUAAAGCAUCAGCACUUUUCACUUCAGUGAUAACAAAUCAACGUAAAGGGAACGAAAACAAUUGGUCGAGUAGUAAUAAACUGGUGGGAGGUGUUGGAAAAUUAAAGAAAGAUAUUAAAAAUAGUCAAGCGAUGAAUGCAGAACAAAAUUAUUGGUUAGUUGCUCAACCACCCGGCGACUUUGAUGUUUAUAGUAUGGAUCAUCUCUGUGAAACAUUGGCGUCAUUAUUCACAGAAAAUUUACCAAUCAAAAACUGGCUACUGAAAAUUGAUAAUUAUAAUAUUGAUGGACGUGGUACAGCCUUCAUAUCGAUUGAAAAUCUUCAGUCAUUUAAAUGGGCAUUAGAACAGUGUCAAUGGCAUGGACCAGUAAGAUGGACUAAGAAAUGGGCUCAGGAAACAACUUAUGUCAAAAUACUUUCAGAAGUACCACAAUUACUGCAAAAACAUUUGAAAUUAUUUCCAAAUUGUUUUUAUACUGAUUCAGCUAGUUUUAUACUAGCUUUCCUAAAACAUGGUGGUGUAAUUGAAGCUUGUCCACCGACAGAUGAAUGGACAAAUCUUUCAGUUGUCAUCGUAAUUCUACCAAAUAAAGCUAUUCGUAUAGUUACUAGUGGUGAUCAUCUUCAUUCUGAAGAUAAUUUUUAUACCUGGGGUGAAACAAUACCGCUGACGUCAGUAGCACCUCGAUGGGUAAACCAUCUGAGUAUGGAACUGGGUUCAAUAAUGGCUAAUAAAGGAGUUGUUGGCCAUGUCAAGAUUGAUUUUGUGACAUUUAUACACCCAGAAAAAAACGAACAAACUUUAUGGAUAACUGGAAUUAAACCAGGUUACACGGAUCUGUUGGCUAUGACACAGCUUGUAUUAUUUGCGACAAAUACAACAUUUGAAAUAGCUACGUUAACAAGCACUGGUGAACAUCAAAUUAUCGCUAAACCACCGAUAAUAGAGAAGAAAGUUAACCUACAAACACACAGGUUAACAACAACGCAAUGUGAACAUGACGGUGAAUUCCAAAGAAAGAAGCUUAAGCGUUACGCUGUGAUGAGUACGCGUUUACAACAUUCCAACCUAACUAUGAUACAAUAUUCAGUAUUUUUCAAAAUAUGCCGUGCAAACUAUAUUGGAUAUGAUUUAAAAGGAAGAUGUGGAAUAUUAUUUUCCCCAAUGGAUAGCUACCGAAGAGAUCGUCUGGCCUUUGUUUCAGUUGCAGAUAGCCUAGACAAAGCACUAACAAAGUUUGGGUGUACAUUAAAAAUUCUACACAAAGAAGUGUCAACUCCAAACAUGACUGGAAAAAGUAAUUUUCAGUCAGUAAUCAGUGAACUGGAACAAAUUCUUGGUCAAGUGGUUGAAAACUCUAUGGAUCAAAAAACAAAGCAAGUUAGUCAGCAGAAAAAGUUACAAAACAAUGAGGAAAAGACGAAAGAGAGUAUUAUUCCCAGUUCACUGAUGAAACCAACUCCCUUGAAUAAAUCUACCAAGUCGUAACAUGAAGAAAAAUAACGAUGAAAGGUUUAAAACAGUACAGAAUAAAAGUGUUUAAAAAGAGUGAAGAGAUAAUUGUGGAAACAUUCUUCUCAAGGAAAUCACCUAAAUAUCUUAUACCCUUCAUAUAAAAUAAUCAAAUCAAAAUUAUUUCUAAUUAAGACUUGUCUCCUUUUUCAGAAAAAUAUAACUGUGUCUGAGUGAAAUAGUUUUUUUAAACUCGUUGGUGACUGGCAGACAUCCCGUUAUCAGAUUGGAAAUCAUAAGCAGUUUCUCGGUGCUCAUCAAGUUGAUAAGCUUAUGUACGCAAUUUUGUUCUUGUAUAUUCAUAAAUCAGUCAAAAAUCAUCUGGUCGUAACUCUUUCUCGCAUGACAAGUGACUACUGAUUUAAAAUUCAAACAGGAAUGAUCGAUUUCUUUGCAUCAUAUGCAGAGCACGUGC